AUGCACCCUCAACAACAACAACAGCAAAGUGCGCAGCAGCUAUACGGGUAUCCAGAUCUGGUACGAAAACCGGGGCCAGAUUUUGUGCCUGCGCUGAACGCCAAUGAUUUGAUGAUGGCGCCCCAAAUGACAGCAUCGUAUAACACUUCCAGCAUGGGCCAGCAACUACCGCAUCAAUUACCUCGAUCCAACGACGCGGGUAUCGCUUCGAUUUCGCAACAUUCGCAAGUUCAAGGUCAACGAGGACAAGCCCGAAAGCAACCCCAGUCUCAGCCUCCGUUACAACAACAAGGCCAAGGGCAAGCGCCAAAUUUGCCCCCGAACGAUCUUUCGAAUUCUGCAUCGGCUAUUCCAUCGCCAUUCACUACAUCCAUUCCAACUCCUACGGGGUCUGCAUCAAUGCCUGCUAUGAAUUUGCAAGGUUUGGCUCCUGGGCUGGGACCGGGACAACUGUCAAACGGCAUGAGAAGCUCAGGUCUCGGUACGAUCCCGAUGUCCACGUCUGGCAAUAACAUAAGUAUGCACGCGGUUCCGGAAACGGCUCCAAUGGCAACCUCGACUUCUGGUCCAGGUGUGUUACCGUCCUCUCCGUAUGGCGCUACCACGGGUCCUCAACCUUUCCUUUCCGUGCCUGCUAUUCCUCAACCACAAGUGCGGCGAUAUGUUCCGAGCAACACAAUACCAUAUCCGAUUCGCAAAUAUCUCUCAAAUAUGGCCAUACUGCGACUACACGAGAUUAUUAAUUUGAUAAAUGUAUCAACUGGCAUAGUCGAUGAUUUUGAGUACUGGAAGCGCUUUACCAACGACCUUUUUACUCCAUACGGUAUACUACGUUAUUCGACCAAAGGUGGUGAAGAGACUCGUCAAUUCGAGUUUACAACUCCAAUCAUUCCCUUGAUUUGCCAGUCGCUCGGUUCCGUCGGAGUUGUGCGGCUGGAAAUAGUUCCUCAGCAACUAAGAGCACAAGUCUUGAGUAACGGUACAAUCUUCUUUGAUUGUCCUCGCUGUACCACAACCUACUACUACCCAGAUGGCAGUUAUAUGACUAACUUUUCACAGAUCAAAGGAAUCUUCGAUUCAAACUUGAAAAUGGUGUGGGUAGAAAUUUCCAGCUACAGUUUUGUGCCAGGAAUCGAAUGGAGUUCUUUGGAACGACUAAUAAGCUCGGAGCCGAUUUGCCAUGAGAUUUUCCAGGAUCUCAGUCAGCCGCCAAAAAAAUCAGAAAAACAAGAUGAUACCCUCAAUCCACCGUCUGUUGAAGAUGAUCAGGAUCCGCAAAUGCCAUCAAACUUUUCAGCAAUUACAAAACUACGGGCUCAGUUCGGUGUUUUCCACAACAUAUCAAGCUUCGGAGUUCAAGAAAGUUUUAUGCGAGCUCUGCAAGUUAACGAUGUGAUUUCCUAUUUGAAGAACCUGAAAGUAUAUCAAAAAGUCAACAAUUACCGAAGCCCGCUAGGUAGUUUAGAAGCAUUGGUGGCGUCGUCGCAAGCCGAGAAAACCGCAGCUGUUCCGCCGGGCGCGCCAACAAAAUACGGCAAUAACGUUUUCUCGCCAGCCCCAGCAUCGUCAACUUCAAGAACCAGGACUUCUUAUUCAAGCAGACCGCACUCGAAGAAGAGGAGACAAAGUGAUCUUUCUCCGUUGAGCACAGGAGUAAAAAAUUCGACACCAAAACAAGAUCCCUCAGAGGGCUCAUCGGGGGAUUCUUUCAAGAAAGUCAAAUUUUAA